UUGGUAUUGUUUAUCAUGCCUGAGCCAGCGAAGUCGGCCCCGGCCCCGAAGAAGGGCUCCAAGAAGGCGGUGACCAAGGCGCAGAAGAAGGACGGCAAGAAGCGCAAGCGCAGCCGCAAGGAGAGCUACUCGGUGUACGUGUACAAGGUGCUGAAGCAGGUGCACCCCGACACGGGCAUCUCGUCCAAGGCCAUGGGCAUCAUGAACUCGUUCGUCAACGACAUCUUCGAGCGCAUCGCGGGCGAGGCGUCGCGCCUGGCGCAUUACAACAAGCGCUCGACCAUCACGUCCCGGGAGAUCCAGACGGCCGUGCGCCUGCUGCUGCCCGGGGAGCUGGCCAAGCACGCCGUGUCCGAGGGCACCAAGGCCGUCACCAAGUACACCAGCUCCAAGUAGACUUGCCAAGUAAGCGUCCUGUUACCCAACCCCAAAGGCUCUUUUCAGAGCCACUCACUUUUGCAUAUAAAGAGUUGUAAUAGCAAGGUUCCUCAACUGGCUUUAAAAGCAUGUUUUGUCUUUUUACAGACCUGUUUCCAUAAGAUGUGAGAACAGUUAUAGUAUGAGAUGUUUAUUGGAACUUAUGUUAAUCUUUAG